CAAAAAUUUGCUUAGAUAUCUUAAGACGAUGAAGAUUUGAGGCUGUAACCGCCUGCUUGGUAUAUUAACGAGACCUUGGGGCUACGCAGUGGCUAUACGUCUCGCUUUUUGGAUCAUACAUAUAUAUAAACAACAACGCUCCGCCGGUUCAAAAGCGAAUAUUUAAGAUUAAUAAUUGACGAAUAAAUAUUUACGAGAUUUCCAUGGACCUCUGUGACGAUGUAAAUUUACUUGUAUACAUCACUAUCACACAGAGUCAUCCAGAUUGGUCAGAAGACACAGUCAAAAGUGAACUGGCUCAAAACCCGUUCACCAUACAGACACCAAGUGCAGAGCAAUAUGACAGGGUAAAGGACGCGCUGCAUACAAAAUUAGAGGAAGCUGAAGAUCAACCGAGCCCGACAGCGGUGAAGGACAAAGUUAGGUCUCGUCUCAUUUCAAAAUUGAUUGAUGAAAUUCAUAAAUGUGACACCAAAAUUGUAGCAUUAUCCACAGCAAAAAGCAAGGCCCAAACUCCUGUGCCGAAGGCUACACCGACACCUCCAAUCUCCGGACGACAGUUGCGGAGACAGGAGCUAAAACAGAAACGACUUCAAAAUAUAAUGAUGAAUAUGAUCGACAACAUUUCCAACCAUCGUUCCGGAACCCCAUUCAGUCAUCCCGUUAAUCCAAAAGAGGCCCCAGAUUAUGCAAGUCUUGUUCGCCUUCCCCAAGAUCUUAGAACAAUCAAGACCCAAAUAAAAGACGGUGUUAUUUUCACAUUCGAACAAUUUCAUCGAGAGGUCCUCCGUGUGUUUGCCAACAGUGAGAUGUACAACGGCAGCGAUAAGACCAGUGCCCUUUCCAUUUGGGGGAAAGAAUGCUUUAAAUACACGGAAGAGCUCUUUGACCUGUAUUACCAAGCGGAAAAUGAAACGUAACAAAACAGCAAUCGAUAAUUUGUGCACGCUGAAAACCUUGAUGUAAACGAAAAGACGAAAAUCUCGGUCAAAUACGCGUGUCUGGGUUAAUUUUAAUGUUCUGCUAAUGAGAUCUAAAGUGUCGUUCAUGCGACAUAGCAGCUUGGUCUACGCCAACAGUGUCUUCCUUUUCUUGUUCAUCUCAGUAAACCGGGUAUUCAUAAUCCUCUUGGACAAAAAGUAUUUCAUAGAAAAAAAAGAGAAUAAAAGCAGACAUCUAUAAGUAAAUCCAAAAACUAACGGGUGAGCAC